UUCCAAGAAAAGAUAUUUUCUUGUUGAAACUAAAAUUUAAAAUUAACAUAUUUGCAUAUUUAUUUUUAGUUUGAUAUUUCUCUCUUCUAGAGCUAAAUCAUAGAGAUAUAAAUGCAUAGCGUGAUAAGAAGGUAAAGACAAGUUUUAUAAAAAAAAAAAAAAAAAUGAGAACGUCGAAGUGGCGAGAGCGGACACUUACUUGUCAGCCACUAAAUAAAUAUAUAAAUAUAAUCUAAUCCGGGAUGAUGUGCGAUGGCGUCGCAAACUCAUACAAUAUUUCGGCCGCAAAUAAACGUCACCGUAAAAGAAAAAACGAGCGUGGCCGAUCCGCGGCGCUAUACGAACAGUUGUAAAAAAAAUAUAGAGAGCUCGCCGUUGUUCGCGCAUUAUCGAAAGAAAAUAUACCUAAAAACGAGGAAGCCUGCCGAUUCUCGAGUGAUCUAAAGGUAUCGCAUCGGCGCGCCAGCGCUGAACUUGCCGGAGGAACGGCCGGCAUCCUUCAGCGCGUCGCGGCGUCGGCAGUCGUGAUUCGACCGGCGUCCGUAGCGGCAGGUAGACUAUUCGCUCCUCGAGAGUGUGAACGAACUCCCCCUCCCAGCCCGAGGAAAACAAACACCCUGAAGAUACAAGCGAAAUUAUCCUCUAGUGACUACCACCCAGUGAUCGCGCGCACGCAUGACAAGUCUGACUAAAAGCUUCGUCGAGGCAAAAGUUAAAUAGUAGAAGUAAUAUUUAAUAAAAAACUUUGCUGUCUGUUUUCGAACGAGUUACGUGAAGCUGCGACCUCCGGCUUAAAUACGUUUCAAUAAUGAAAUAAGUGAUAACGUGUGUUAUCAGUCGAAAAACAAACUUUCGAAAGACGCGAGAUCCAGGGAAUCUAAUAACUUUGACAUAUAAGAGAAAUUUAUAUGUAAUUUCCCUCUGUUUGAGGAUUGAUUCAGGAAUUGACAAACAGGAAUCGAGUCUCUUUUACUCUUGUUAUUUGUGAGAGACUAAUGUAUCCUUCCAGCUAAAGAAAGGAGAGAAUAGAGGAAAACUUAAGAACCUUUAUCACUAAGAAAAGAAAAAGAAGAAGUGAUAAAAUCUAACGCAUGAAACCAAUAAAAAUUCCAUUUAUCUACUACGUAUGAGACCAACUAGCCGUCGACGAAAAAGACGAAAAAAGUUCGCACCAAUUUCGUCGCAAACUGUCGGGAAAGAAAGUUCGCAUCCGAAAAUGUCAAAGAACAGAGAUAUUUUCGUGCGCAUCAUAUAAUUGGGAUCACGAUGGCCCCCAUGUUAUCGUCCAACUUUUCAAACGGCACUUACACAACAGCCAGCUGCAAUGACAGCUUGGCGUUAUCGGAGCAAUAUAUAUUUAACGACACGUUCGAUUUCUCCGUCGGUCCAUAUCGGGAUUCUCUAUAUGUGGUGAUACCAGUGACCAUAAUCUACGCGCAGAUCUUUCUCACGGGCAUCAUCGGCAACGUUAGCACGUGCAUCGUAAUUGCGCGCAACAAGUCCAUGCACACCGCAACCAACUAUUAUCUCUUUAGUCUGGCCAUGUCCGACCUGUUGCUACUCGUAUCGGGUCUGCCGGCGGAGAUGUAUCUGGUCUGGUAUAAAUACCCGUACAUCUUCGGCGAGGAUUUCUGCGUGAUACGCGGCCUCGCCUCGGAGACAUCGGUGAACGCGUCCGUGCUCACCAUCACCGCCUUCACCAUCGAGAGAUACGUGGCCAUCUGCCAUCCGUUUCUCUCGCAGACUCUGUCAAAUUUGUCACGCGUCAUCAAGCAGAUCCUCAUGAUAUGGCUGAUGGCCCUGGCGUGCGCGCUACCGCAGGCCUUGCAAUUCGGCGUGGUCCAGCACAACCACCAUCCCGACAUGGUCAUGUGCACCGUCAAGAGGAUCAUCAUCGAUCACUCAUUCGAACUGUCCACGUUCGUGUUUUUCGUCUUGCCGAUGUGCCUCAUCACGUUUCUUUACGCGCUCAUCGGCCUCAAGCUCAGGAAGUCCAACAUGACUGUCCCGGGCAGAAGCGAGUCGAUGCGAAAUUGCAGGCAUCCUGGGAGAUCGUCCAGGAGGGUGUUGAAGAUGCUAUUCGCGGUAGUGAUAGCGUUCUUCAUUUGUUGGGCCCCGUUUCAUGUACAACGAUUAAUCGCCAUAUAUGGGACUAAUACGGAGGAUCAUAUCACAUCGAACGGUCCGCGGAUGGAGUUCCUCAACCUCUUAAUGACUUAUAUAUCGGGCGUUCUCUAUUACGUAUCCACGACGAUCAACCCGAUCCUUUACAACAUUAUGUCGAACAAAUUCCGCAAAGCGUUUACGGAGACGCUAUCGAAAAGUUGCAGACUUGCUGGAUUGCCAGCACGCCAUGAGCAACGCUCAUAUUCAAGCCUGUCGCGAUCUCAACCAAGGACCAUUGGUGCUUAUGGUUCCAGGACAGUAGGGACCGGUGGAGCAUCUGGAGGAAGAUCUGGAGGAGGAUCUGGUGAAGGAUCUGGUAUAAUAGCGGACAGUAUGGAAGGUUCAGGAAAUUCUGUGGAAGACAGUCAAAGGCAACCGAUGAAUAAUGCAGAAAAUUUGACAGAGUCCACCAGAACGAAUUCUGUGCGAAAGCAACAUGCUAAAGAGACGAGGAACAAUAACAAUUUGCGGCCGCCCUAUAACGAGCAUCACAAGGAAGGCAAACGUGGCAAGAAUCGAUCAAUCCGCAGAAAUCAGGACGCAUCGUGGACGAAGAGAACGAUAUACAAAAGCGUACACGUUUCCAAUAUAAGAGGUUCGGGAAAAAAAUGGUCAAGAUUUCUAAAAUGGCUGCCUGGCUUUAAAGUUUUCAAAUUUUCUCGUGGAUCAACCGAGGUGUUCGAAGAAUCCAGGAAUCCUCGCGAAGAACUCCCAAUGACUAUGUGGAACAUCCGCGAUAACAAUGAGCAACGACCUGUCUGAAAAGCGAAUGUUCUUGUAAGAUUCAAAAUUUUUGAGAAGACUGAUAUUUUUGAUCUGCAUUUUCCGUGGAUGAUGCGACAUCGUUAAGAAUCGUUACCUGAAGAAAGAUAAUGUGACAUAGUACGACCAGAAUAAUGACUUGAAAGUUCCCCCAAGGUCGUGGUUUUGAGAACUUUCUUUACUAAUGUAAAAGACUGAAACAAGAGUAAUGUUUAUAGCUCCGAUUCUCAUGAUUAAUUUAAAGAAAAGUUCUAACAAACAUUCAAUGAGCGCAGAGAAAAUUUUCAGAAGAAAAGCCAUAAAAUUUGACGCGGUGAUAUAUCCGCAUUUGUCAAGCAAGUUUUGUCGCUGGAUGUUGGCAUCCAACAAAUAAAUUCAGAGAAUCAAAAUGAUAAACAUGUCACGAAUAUUGCGGUCUUAUAUUGUAGUGACGUAGUAAUAAAUCAAAUUGUACACUGCAAUCUCGACAACUUAGAGAUCAUCCCGGAAUGUACUAUUGUCAAAUAUGUUUCAUCAUCAAAAAUAUUGAUCAUCAAACAUUUUCAUUUAUAUUACUUCAAUCUAUUAGAGCAUGAAUGAUAUAUACGUACAUACUACAGGAUGAUAUAAACAUGUUAUAUAUCAUCCUGUUUAUUUUGUUUUUGAAUUCUCGUAUUUUCGAUAUCAGAGUGCUUCUAAUAAUUGAAAUAUUGAACAUCAAAAUAUUGAAUUUAAAAAAUUUACAAAAAGCUCUCUAUAAAAAAUAUAAAACUAAAUUAAUAAAAUUUUAUUUGAUCUCAUCGUCGUUUAUUCUCUGCUUCUGAAACAAAUGACAAAGUGCCAAAUAUUUUGCUAAAUACGCAAAUGUCAAUAAAUAUAUAUAUAUAAUAAUGUCAAAAUAAUCAAUAAUUAUCAUCAAACAUGAACGCAUUAUAUUGUACAUAGCAAUCUGAAUCAUUAACGAUUACUUGAAACACAUGUACUAUGCAUAAUACGCGCAUCUCAUGAGGCAUCAACAAUUAAUAUACGUGUCAAGUGUUUUAUGAAUGCAUCUGAUGUGGAUGUUCUUGACAUCGCGUACGAUAAAUCGUACGAAUUGAUUUUGAAAUAAAAUCAUGCUCCUACUUGUACAUUCAAUCUUAUAAAAAAUAAAUGUAUAUAAAGCUA